AUGGCGCUACCAGCAAAAAUUCGUAAUCCGUCAAAAAUAUUACGGUUUUUCUCGAUUAAACGGCUUUUAAGUGAAAUUAAUUCACCGUUAAGAAUGGUAUACACCGAGGAACACCUAAAAGACAAACUGCAAAAGGGUCUGGACGCCACGCACGUUGAAGUCGUAGACGAAUCAGACGGUUGUGGGGGCAAAUUUUCUUGCAUAAUUGUUUCUGAAAAGUUUAAGGGAAAGCCUUUACUGCAAAGACAUAGGCUUGUUAACACAGUUUUGCAGGAAGAACUCAAAACAAUACACGCUUUCUCACAAAAAACUUUCACCCCUGAGCAGUGGGAAGAAAAUCAGAAUUAA